CAGUGUGGUCAUCUUCAACCGCAUGGACUGUUGCUCCGAACGACUCAACCCCUUCAACAUCCACAUCGGGGAUUCCGACCAGGUCAGCACGAACCCCCAGUGUGGAGGUGACCUUCAAAUCGACGUGAGUCACCCCUCCAUUUCCGUCUCAUGUCCGGGCAUGCGGGGUCGCUAUGUGGGCGUCCGUCUUCCUGGAUCCUCCCGAAUACUGGCCCUGUGCGAAGUCCAAGUAUUUCUUGGCUUCUCUGACCUGGUCUUUACCGAUGUCGGGAUGGACUACAUGACCCUGUCCUGGACGGCGUCUGCUGACCUGAAUAUAACCCGGUACCGGCUGCGCUAUCGUCACGCCGGGGCCUCGCACCAGGACCUGUCUCCCCCGCCCUCCCCGGGCGACACCUUGGCCACCGUGCCCGGACUGUGGGCAGACACAGAGUACACCUUCACCCUGACGGCGUUUGGAGAUGGCGACCAGGAAGUUGGAGAGAUCAGUGGGACCGAGACAACAGCUGAGGUUAUCGUAAACGUGGAAUGUCAUGAGAACUACAUGGUCGUGACCUUCCCCAGAGCGGCGCUACCAGCGGUAGAUGUGGACAACAUGCACAUGCUAGACGCCAGAUGCCGCGCGACAGUUACAGACACGGAUGUGACUCUGCGGGCAGGUCUGCAGGACUGCGGGACCAUUCAGGAUUCAUCAGAAGCGGACAAAUUCAUAUUCACCAACGUGGCAAUCGCCAGUCAGGUGACGACUGACAACGGAGCCGUGAGAGGAACGCCCUUCAGCAAGAGGUUCCGGUGUAAAUUCCUCCGUCAGUACGUGGUCUCACAGGGCAGGGAGAUCCUCUACAACAUCCCGUCUCCUCGUGUGCAAGUUGUGGACGCGGAAAACAGUUUCACCUUUGAGAUGCACAUGUUUACAUCGUCAGACUUCACUGCGACAUAUGACUCAGACGACUACCCUAUGCAGGUGACUUCAUCUGACAAGCUGCACUUCGGAUUGAGCGUGACGUCACCUCUGAACGGCCUGGAGCUGUUCGCUCUCCGCUGCCUCGCCACGCCCAGUACCGACCCUGACGACUCUCCGAGUGUCAGAAUCAUCCAUGACGGGUGCGACGUCGACACCACGCUUCAGCUAGACACAGAUCGGUCUAACGACAUGGCCUUAUACUACUCCAUCCAGUCCUUUCACUUCCCCGACAUUGACGAUCCCAGUCUGGUGUACAUCCAUUGCACCAUGGUGGUCUGCUUCCAGAGCGACCCGGACUCGCGGUGCAGUCAGGGCUGCAUCUCACCCAGUCGGCGAAGGCGUGCUGUGUCCGACCUGAGCGAGGCCCGAGUCCGACGUGCCAGCGAAAGGGACCGCAUAACGACCAUAACCCAGGGGCCCUUCAAAGUUGUGAAUGCACAAGAAGAAGCCGUUGCCCUUCCCACGGUCGGCAUCGGUACGGGCACAGCUGCGGGGAUAGCCGGAGCACACUAG